AUGAGCACACUACCUGAAUUGAAGGCAAUAGGUAACAAAUCUUUCGUUGCUGGCGACUUUUCCAAAGCAGCAAAGCAUUACACCAACGCAAUUGACCAGUUUGGACCAGAUCCCGUCUUACUUUCCAAUCGUGCUCAAUGCUGGAUCAAACUAAGCGAAUGGCAAAAGGCACUCACUGAUGCCGAGUUGGGCCUUCGACAGAACUCUACCGUCAAAAUAGAAAUCAAGCUUCUAUUUCGUAAAGGCGUGGCCUUACAAGCUAUUGGAGACUCCGGGCUGGCAAUUUCAUGCUUUGAGAGGGUUCUUGCCCUUGAUCCCAAUAAUAAAGAGGCCCAAAAUGCACUCGAGCAGUCAUCGUUGCCGAAAUUGAAAAAGGUUCGUCUUGAAAAUGAGGUUCGUAUCCCUCUCGAGGUUGUAGAUACCCUUCCUUUAAAAUACAGAUCCAUAGUUGAAGGAUCAUUCCAAUCAAACUACUCAAAUGCUCACGAAGAACUGCUUGAGGCACAAAGAGCAGCAGAAGAGCUUUUCGGGGGGCCUGCUGGUAUUGCGUCGGAAUUAAUCCACCCUGAGGAUCAUAGGCCUACGGAUGAGAAACUGCAAAGUCGCUUGAAACAAUGUAUCCUCGAUAUAAAUAGGCUCUGUGACGAGGACAGACUUCAAUUGAUUGAUUCUUUAGCAUUUUUGAGCGAGAAUGACUUCAUUGACUUACUCACCGUCACUGGGUUAAGCACUGAGAUGUUCGAGGCUUUUCUCAAACAGCUUAUCCGUGAACCUCCGAACACUACAACCAAACUCUUACUCUCAAAACUACUGCUUUUGCCAGAUAUUCCUAGAUUCGAGUUGACACUACUUAUGUGCGAUUCUCUACUUUUACGUAGGUUGAAAGCAUACCUCUCCACACACAACUUACUAGACACUUUGAGCUCUCGACUUUAUGAACAACUCUUUCCUUAA